AUGCCGGGUCUGCAUCCGGGUCCUCCGAAGACCGCGAAUAUCAAACGACCGGAAGAGAGGAGCUGUGAACGCUGUCUUCGAAGGUAUUCCUUCCACUCCCUGAAGGACAUUCCCGAUCUGAUGAAUGACCUGGCCUUCCUCAUCCACAUGCUGGAGCAGAACGACCCGCUGCUGGUGCAGCGCCUCUCCAUGUUCCUGUCGCCGGUCAGCGAGAGCAGACUGCUGGAGCAGAGCCUGGAAAGGCACUGGGGAGAAGAGAAGCUCCAGGCUCUGAGCAGCGUGGACGCGGAGGGCUGCAGCACCCUGCAGCUCGUCGCCCUGCCUCGCCUCCCUCCGGCUCUGUUCACCCUCAGCCAGCUGCACGCCCUCAAACUGGAGCUCAUCGCUGACGCUAAGUUCACUUUGCAGGUGGCAAACAUGACUUCACUCAGGGAGCUCCACUGCCCGGCGGCUGUGGAUCCCGGUGCGCUCGCAGUCCUCCAGGAACGCCUCGAGGUUCUCCACAUCACCUUCUCUCAGGCGUCACAGAUCCCCAGUUGGGUCCUCUCCCUCCGCAACCUGCAUGAGCUCCACCUUUCGGGUCGCUUGGGCAGCGAGGGCGGCGUGGGUCACGGCUGGGCCGUGGGGAGCCUGCGGCAGCUCUGCCACCUCCGCGUUCUGGUGAUCCAUGGGAUGCUGGACAGGGUUCCGUCAGAGCUGUGCGAGGUGGCAGGAAGCUUGGUGAAGCUGGAGAUACACAACGAAGGCGCAAGGCUGCUUGUGCUGACGGAACUCAAGCGAAUGGCGGACCUGACAGAACUCCGGCUGCUGGUAGAGAGGUGGCUCUUCCUCUCCUUGCCUCCACACAUCAGGGACUUCCUGAGCCGUCCUUACGCCACCAACGAGGGACACCUUGAGGAUCAGUCCAGGCCAGAGUCGGACACUUUCCCGUACUCUCCCACUCAGUGGAGUCACAGAUAUAAAGUUUAAA